AUGGCUGCAUCUCAAGCCGCCCAUCUUGUGGAAAAGGCCAUUGGCCACGAUGACAAUGCCACCACAGCCCAGGAUGUGUCCACAUUCCUGGAUGCGGGUGAAGGCGACCGGAUGAAUGCUUUGGUGUGGAUGGGCAAGAACAGAGUCGAAAUCGCCCAGGUCCCGAAACCGAAAAUCGUCCAAGACCGAGACGUCAUCCUCAAAGUGACUGGCAGCACCGUAUGCGGCUCCGAUCUUCACCUCUUGCACGGCUCGGUCCUGCAGCUCUCCAAGGGGGACAUUCUCGGCCACGAAUUCUGCGGCGUUGCCGAAUUCGUCGGCCGCCAAGUGCACAAUGUUCACGUUGGCAAGCGCUAUGUGGCCUCGUUCCAGAUUGCAUGCGGCGACUGUUUCUACUGCAAGAGGAAGCAGUCUUCGCAAUGUGAGAAGACGAAUGCGAAUGCCAUGGCCAAGGCCAUGUACGGGGGUAGAACCGCGGGCAUGUUUGGCUAUUCGCAUCUUACCGGGGGCUUCGCAGGCGGGCAGGCAGAGUAUGUGCGCGUGCCGUUUGGAGACGUGAAUCUUCUCGAGCUGCCAGACGAUGUCCCCGACGAGAAAGGCAAGUCCAACACCCUUGACACCGGCGUCGAAAAAGCAGACAGCGUGGCCAUAUUCGGCGCUGGUCCUAUCGGCCAUAUGGCUGGUGUGUUUGCUCUUGACCGUGGCGCCAGGAAAGUCGUGUUUGUUGAUACGGAGCCGCGUCUGUCUUAUAUCAGGAGCCAUUUCCCUCGGGAGUACAUGUCUCGGGUGGCCCUGGUUGAUUUCAAAACAGUAUCAAGCGGUAUUACAAACUCCAAAACGGUAGUCAGCCGACUGAAGGAAAUAUGCGACGGCCGUGGCCCAGAUGUGGCGCUUGAGUGUGCAGCUGGAGAGUAUGCCAAGGGCUGGCUGCACUGGUUGGAGAUGGCCACGGGCGCGGAAACAGAUACCAGUGAGAUUGUGAAUGAGAUGAUUGAGAGUGUUCAUUCCUUUGGACGCUGUGGUAUUACCGGUGUUUAUGUUGGAUACACGAAUCACUUUAAUAUAGGAUCCCUCAUGCAGCGCGGCAUCAGGUUUAUCGGAAAUGGCCAAGCCCCCGUUCACAUGUACUGGAAGGACCUCCUAGCGGCAAUUCAAAAGAAGGAAUUCGAUCCGCUGCAAAUGGUCUCUCACAGGGUUCGACUAGAGGAUCUCGAUAAAGUCUAUUAUAUGUUUGAUAAUAAGGAGGACAGCAUGCAGAAAGUAUUUGUUGAGACCAAGUUUUCGGCUCCUGCCGCACAAGGCUCGCCGCCACUUACACGGUACUGA